AUGAGCGGAGGUGGAGCCCGUCAUAGCGCAUGCAAAUAUUGUCGAGACCAUAAAGUGCGGUGUGACGGUGGCCAGCCAUCAUGUGAGAAAUGCCGCAGGCUCGGCGAGGAGUGUAUCUAUCUCCCCGCACAACGACCCACAAGGGCCGACCUCACUCAGACUGUGGCGGCACUACAGAAGCGACUGCAAGCGCGUAUCUCAGGGAUGGCCAGUCAAUCAAAUGGCCUAUCUCGCAUCGCCACUAGUUCGCACCCGCCAUAUAAUACAGAUAGAAGUACCAAUGCAGAAAGUCAACCACCCGCGGCUUUUCUGUGUCCACUCCCUGCUAAAACCCAGCACGGUUACCAGCCUCCAUCUCCCCAACCUUAUAAUCCUCCCUUGCAACCUUCCUUGAACGAUGCUUUUCUGCGCUCGCUACACGCCAAUGAGACACAGUAUAGGAUGUCAGUUGAAAGAAUGGAGCCAACCCAAUUUGGCAGGGAGAAAGAGCUUGGAGGUCACCUUAGACCAGAUUUCACUAACUCUGGAAGGUUCGGAUUCCCGCCAAUCUUCCAAGCAGAAAAUCCCAACAACCACGUUCAAGGUCAGAGCUAUGUUGAUGUAGCGGAGUUAUUAACCCCGGAUAUCAGCGACAUCACAGAGGCUUCCUCAUCUUGCCUUCCUGCGUCCGUACCAAUCGCGCCGCGGGAGACACCUUGCAGUGAUAACAAUAUAAGUGAAGGUGUCGCGGCUCAGCUGGCCAAUUUCUCCGCGGCUGUCUUUCGUACCCAGGCUGAGAUAGCCGGCAUAUCGUCAGCUGUCGCCGCAUAUAUUGCCUGGAUACGCAAGGUUCCAGCGGGAAUGACCCCGCCCAAUACCACUUUAAUAUAUUCAAAUUUACUCGAGACAAUUGAGGAGCGUCUACGUGAGAUGGGUGAGAUGGCUGAAGCCAAACCACGCGCUGCUUUUCGAGAAAUGAUGGAGGGGAUCCAGAAAUUUGGCCCGGCUGGUGCCCCUGUCUACAAUACCUUGGGUGGAUUGGAAGAGAAAUUGGACAAGCAAUCGGCCGAUGUGGCAAAAUUCUUCUCCAUGCGCUAUAAUGCAUGUGCAUUAAUGUCGGAACAAGCAUCGAGCCUACCGCACGGGCCUGCUUCGCGCAGCGAAUCGCACGAAUCUUCAGGCUCAGAGUAA